AUGAUAAUCCAAUUAGUUAUUCUUUAAGUUGUGAAAGCGUAAAUAUAAGAAUGGGAUAACUAUUAUAAUUCUUUUGUUAAUAAUAAUAUGAGUGAAUUGGAAUGUAUAUUAAUCAUUCUUAAAUAGCUUGGUUUAUUGCAGGAGCACGUACUCAAAAUUAUAUAACUGUUUGUUCUGAAUAAUAAAUCCUUGGAGGAUAUUAUAUAUUUGGAAUGGGAACAGCUGUAUAAUAAUUAUUUUAUCUCCCUCCUCAUUAUUAAAUUAGAAUUUCUGGAGGUAAAUAGAAUAAUAAUCAACUUAUAGAUUAGGUUGUUGGGAAAACGAAAUAUUGUAUAUAAUAAUUGAUGAAUUAGUUUAGAAAUAUUAUUUUGGUUGUUCGUAAGGUACCAGUUAAUGUGGAUACAGUUAUAAAGAUUUUUAAUCUCCAAUUGAAAUUAUAAUUCCACAUAAAUCGGAAACCUUAGUUAUUCUUCUUAAGACUAAUUUAGAUAAUUGGACGAAUGUAAAUCUUAACAAUUAUAUAAGGAAUUUUGGGGAUUUAAUAACUUCUAUCUCGAUAUAUUAAAAUGUGCUCCUGAUUGCCUUCUUUGCAAUGAGAAUUCAUCUGAUAUAUGUAAACCAGAAAUGGAUAUCCCAAUUAAUUGGAUUUCUAAAGCAAAUGUUGAUGGAUGGCUAUUAAGAAAUACUCUGCCUGCUUAAUCAACUAUUUUAUCUUGAUAAAAUAUCUCUAAUUGGAGGAAAUCAGAUUUUAGGGAAAUCAGAUUUAUUAAUAAAUAAAAUAAAACUUGAUCUUCAUUAUCUAAUAAAAAUUUAAGCGAAAAUAUGGCUGAUUGAUAUUCAAGGGCUAACUAACUCUGUUAAUAUUUCUAUUGAUGGAAUUCCUUAUAAACUUAAUAUUAAUUCUGUUAGUUCAAUUUCAUUUUUUGCUUCUUCUCCAUAAGAAAGUAUUUAGAAUAUUGAUUGGAACUUUACUCAUUAGAAUCCUGAGAUUGAAAUAUAAUUUAUUCCUACAUCAUUAGUUGGAUCAAAUUCUUUUUGGGCAUUAUUUAACUUUAAUUUAUUUAUCUUUAAAUGCCAUUCGUAUUGUAUUAAAUGUUUGGGACUCUUAAAACUGACUGUUAGAUUUGUGCUGAAGAAUGGAUAAAAGAAGAUGGAGAAUGUAAUAGAAGUAUAAUUUGAAAUAUUUUUAGUUUAAAACCUCUUAAAAUUACUAAAGCAUAAACCCAAUACAUUCUUAAUUAAUCAAUAUCUAUUCCCUUUUUAUUUAAACUUUAAUAAAUUGA